CAAAACUGGUGCCCCAAGGGGAUGGAGAAGUACGUGGCAGCCGUGGUGCUGAGCACGGUGGGUGACACGCUGGGCUAUUGCAACGGGCGGUGGGAGUUCGAGCGGAGCGGCCCGGCCAUCCACAAGGAGCUGGCGGAGAUGGGGGGACUCGGCAACAUCAGCAUCCGAGGUUGGAAGGUCAGCGAUGACACAGUGAUGCACUUGGCCACAGCUGAAGCCCUGGUAGCUGCUGGGAAAAACCCAAGUUUAGCCCAUCUCUAUUCCCUGAUCGCAAAGAACUACAAGGAGUGCAUGAAUGACAUGGAGGGUAGAGCUCCAGGUAGCAUGUGUGUGAAAAAUGCGCUGAAGCUGGACCCAACGCAGCCGGAUGGCUGGAGGGUCCCGUUCAGCCCCCAGGCAGGAGGCUGUGGUGCUGCCAUGCGCUCCAUGAGCAUCGGGCUGCGUUUCUGCCACCCCUCCGAGCUGGACACCCUGGUGCAAGUCAGCAUCGAGAGCGGCCGAAUGACGCACCACCAUCCCACCGGCUACCUGGGCUCCCUGGCUUCAGCCCUCUUCACAGCAUUUGCAGUAAAUGGAGAGCCCCCCCCGGCCUGGGGGAAGAGGCUGCUGGAAGUGCUGCCACGGGCCAAAGCCUACGUGCAGGACACGGGCUUCUUCGUGGAGGAGAACAUGAAGCAAUGGCAUUACUUUGAAGAGCAAUGGAGAAAAUACCUGGCAGAGAGGGGCAUAUCAGAUGGGGUCUCGCUGCCUACCUUCCCCCCCAAGUACGGCGUGGAAGAGAGAGACUCGUUCUACACCUCCCUCAGCUAUAGUGGCUGGGGGGGCAGCAGUGGGCACGACGCCCCUAUGAUUGCUUAUGAUGCCCUGCUGGGUGCAGGGGACUCCUGGGAGGAGCUGGCUCACCGGGCUUUCUUCCAUGGAGGGGACAGUGACUCCACCGCCGCCAUCGCAGCCUGCUGGUGGGGGGCCAUGCACGGCUUCCGGGGGGUCAACGCCUCCCUCUACGCCCACCUAGAGUACAGGGACCGUCUGGAGCAGGUGGCCAAGGACUUGUACCGCCUUGCCUAG